UUUUAAGUGUAGUGGUGAAUUUAUCCUGAAAAAAAAAAUGGCCAGUUUUGUUCCAAAUAAUUGUUGGCCAUUUGUUUCUUUCAAAUUGAAAAUUAAUGAUUUUUCUUUUAAAAUUUAAAAUAGUUUUGUUAACUGGAUGUUUUUAUAAGUAUUUAUGAAGGGAAAUAUGAGGAUCACCAGGAACCACUGUGGGUUCAUUAACAACAAAUUUUGCCAGAUUAGCAUACUUUCCUUUUUUGGCAGGUUAUUAAAUCAGUAGAAUGCUACAGUGUAUCUAAAUUUUAGCAAGGCAUUUUAGAAAGUCAUUAUAUCUUUGUGGACAAGAUCAAGAAAAUUGGAAAGCAGUACAGUUAGGUGGAUUUGGAAAUACCUGAAUGUUGAAAUAUGAAAAGUGAUAUUUGAUGCAACCAUAUAAAGCUGUGAGGUGUUCUCUAGCAGACAAAGUGAUCACAAAGAAUUUUUACAUUUGGCAAGAAGGAUAUCCUCAGUUAGGAGUGGGGCAGAAACAGAUUAUGGAUCUGUAGACUUGGGGAGGAAGUCAAAGACCAAGAAGGAGCUCACAUUAGUAGAUUACAUGUUAGUCAGUGUUGCGAUUGUUUUCAUCCCUUUUGGUUCAGUCUUUUUUCAGUCAAGUCCAACUCUCCAUGACCCUAUUUGGGUUUUUUUGGUCAGAGACUGGAGUGGUUUGCCAUUUCCUUCUCUAGUUCAGUUGAGAGAUGAGGAAACGGAGGCAAAUAGGGUUAAGUGACUUGCCUGGGGUCACACAUCUAGCAAAUGUCUAAGACCAGACUUGAAUUCAGGAAGAGGAGUCUUUUCUGACUCCAGGCACCUGGUACUCCAUCCGCUUUGCCACUUAGUUAUGCAUCUCAUCCUUACCAUUCAUUUAUUUAUUGGGUCAUCUGGACUUUUUGCUUAUUUGUUAUACAUUUGUGUAUAGAUAUGCUCAUAUAUUAUAUAUAAUGUACUAAUAGUGUUCUGUCACCUUUCUGUCCCUCUAUGUCUCCUCUCUAUUUUUCUUCUCUCUUCUGUCUGUCUCUGUCUUUCCCUCUUCCUCUUUCCCUCUCCCUCUCCUUCUCCUCCUUCUCUUUAAGGUGUGUAGGUGUUGCAGGUAAAAUUAGUUUCUCUGCUAGAAGUAUUAUGUUUUAUGAGGUUUAUUAAAGAUUAAGAAUUUAAGAAAAUACAAGUAAGAAAGCACGUGCCUAGGAGGGCUGAAAGGCCCAUUCAAUUUCACUUACAUCAUGAGAGACGCUUGGAAGCGGAAGUAGGAAGAGAGCGAGCCAUAGGCAGAGACCCUUUAAAUAAUAAUUUGUUCUUGGCCCAGGUGGGAAUUCAGGUGAGGUUACAAAGCAUUCUGGGAAGUGGCCGAGGACUUCUGGGGAUUGAAGUCUGGGGUUCAAAUCUCCCUUUUUACAAUUACGCAUAUGAUCCUCUGGGAAAAUGGUUUUUCCCAAAGGAUCGUGAAAACACAAUCAACUUAAAGAUCACAAUAAUUUGAGGAAGAGGAAAAAAGAACAAAACCAAUAAUUGCUGGGCGCAUUGACAAAAAGCCAGUUAGGGGACAGUCCCCUUUGGCAUGAAAGUAUACAUACAAAUAAAUGUUCAAUCAACCACACCCAAAGUUCAUUUUGAUCUUCUUGUGCAGCUUGUGGUCUGGAGGCAUCUUCGAAGUGCCUUCUCCAAGCAGUUCAGUUUCUGGAUUCGGAGAGGAUACUGGAGUUGGAAAGUCAAGCAUUGUUUGCCGAUUUGUACAGGAUCACUUUGACCACAACAUCAGCCCUACAAUUGGUGCUUCUUUCAUGACUAAAACUGUGCCUUGUGGAAAUGAACUUCAUAAGUUUCUCAUCUGGGAUACAGCUGGUCAGGAACGUUUCCAUUCAUUGGCACCCAUGUACUAUCGAGGAUCUGCAGCAGCUGUUAUAGUGUAUGAUAUCACUAAACAGGAUUCUUUUAAUACCUUGAAGAAAUGGGUGAAAGAAUUAAAAGAACAUGGUCCAGAAAAUAUUGUAAUGGCCAUCGCUGGAAACAAAUGUGAUCUCUCAGAUAUUAGGGAGGUUCCCAUGAAGGAUGCCAAGGAAUAUGCUGAAUCCAUAGGAGCAGUUGUAGUCGAAACAAGUGCAAAAUGUGCUAUUAAUAUUGAGGAACUCUUUCAAGGAAUCAGUCGUCAGAUCCCACCCUUGGACCCUCAUGAAAAUGGGAACAACGGAGCAAUCAAGCUUGGGAAGCAGCCACCACAAACUAGCAGGCGAUGUUGCUGACCCCAUGGGAUAUCAUCUGAUGUACUUGAAGAACUCAAUUCCCAUUUUCUUGUGCACUGACAAAAGGACUUCCCACUCUUGGUGACUUAGUGCCUUGUUAAAAAAAAAAAAAUCCCAGCUCUGCAUUUUGAGAAAUAUUUAGACAUCACAGCCAGAAAGUCUCCCUGGGAAAGGAUUUUGCAGAAACUUUUGAAAAAUCCUUAGUCAUACUAUUUAUACUGAUGGAUUGGAUUAUACCAAAUUCAUUUUACCCUUCCCCCUCUCCUUUCAUUCUCUCUCUUCUUUUUUACUGAGUGGGCAAAGGAAGACAGUGGGUGGAUGACAAGUAUAUCUCGAGUUCUCGGUUAAACCCUCUCAAACUCAAGUUUUGUAAGAAAGAGGAUGUGUUUUUGUUGGCUCAGUUUGUGUGGGGGAUUCUGGGAUGGUUCAUUCCUCUCUGACUUCCUCUUGGCCUGGACCCACUGCAGGAGUCUUUUUGAGCCACUGCCUUGGCUGAUAACCUAACCAGUCACCUGUGAAAGUUAACUAGUGAGGAGUUUCUAUAGAGUGUUGGAGCUUUUAGCCUAUUUUUUAUUUUUAAAUUUUAGAUCAGCUCUAAAAAAUGUUUUUAAAGAAUAAAUCGAAUUUAGCCUGUACUUCACACAUCUUCUGGAGAGAACAGAGAGUUGUUAUUCAACUAUCCCCCCAAUUACAAACUAAAGAGAAAUUCAAUGGAAAAAAAGGGAAAGUUUAUUUGAAAGAAAGAGAAAGAAAGGAAAGGAGAUGGAAGGAACAAAAGAAAGGUAGGAAGAAAGGAAAAUCUAUUAGAUUCCUGCUUUUCCCCACCCCAUAGUUUAGCAUUACAGAUUUUAAGUUUCAGGUAUAUGUAGAAUAGCAAACCUGAGAAAAUUGCUACAAAUGACUUGGGGUUGAGGGAAAAAAAAGUCUUUGAGGGGAAAAAAAAGACAGAAGGCAUUUCUAUGUAAGAAUAUAUAUGCCUGGAGACUAAGGGGGAACAAAGACUUUUAUUAAAGAGGUACAACCUGCUUCAUGUUGUCUUGACAGGCAAGGAGCUCAAUGCACAGAGUAUUUCCUUGCUAACAGAAUCUGCCAUGGCUUCUUCAUCAAGGUUGAGAAUUGAAGUAAAAGAAGCUGCAGACUAAACCACAGGGCAAGCUUCUGAUGAGGGAAGCUUGGUUACAUUACCAAGCAAUUAGCCCGAGUAAGUGGCAGCUACUGAAGGUUUUUAGACCCUUAAAAUUAUUAGGGGGAAAAAAGGCAUUUAGAAAAACAAAAAGACUCCUUGUGGACUCCCGCACAUUCCUUCACGGCAGCACUCCAUCGUAUCUGCACAAAGAAUAGGCCUUGGUAUGACCUUCCUAAGCCAAGUUCCUUGGUUUCUUCUGUAACAUAGAAGGACUUGAACAGCUUUUGUCUUUUCAGCUUUCAAAAGAGUGCUUGGAUCCAGUGGAGGGCAGAAGUGAAGGUUGAGAGGGAUAAGAAGAAAAGCUAGUUUUUCCCCAGUCCAAAUCCUAUUUGCAUUCCAAGAGUCUUACCAAUUAGAUGAUUGACCUCUUACCAAGGUUCAAAUUAGGACAGGACUUUUAGAGCCUCUCAUGUGCAGUAUUCUUGGUAGGGGACAAGGGAUUAAAGUUGGAUGGAACCUUAGAAGUUCUUGAGACCAAUACUCUUCAAUUUUUAGAUGAUAAAAGGAAAUCAAGUUAAGUAAUUCACCCAAGGGUCACAGAGGUAGUAAGUAGAAGAGGUGGGUUUUGAACCCAGGCCUUUUGCCUUUAAAUCCAAUUGUCUUUUUACCAUAUUGUGAGGACCUCCCACCCCUCCAAUGUUUACUCAGGCACCAUGAAGUCAAGGAAAAUUGUUCUCAUUUUUCCCUUCCAUGAAUACCUUAGUUAUGGUUUAGGGAAUAAUCAUAUCAACUACAGAACUAGAGAAUGUGAGAACUGGUGCAGAGCUUUAGGGAGCAUUUACCCCAGCCACUUUGUUUUAGAAAGGAAGGUUUAGAAAGGAUAAGCGAUUUGUCCAAGGCUAUAUAAUUAUUUCAUAUCAGAGCUAGGAGAGAAAUUAAUUCUUAGCUAAAUACUUGGAGUUUUUAAGACUUGGGGAACAAACAGUACAACCAUUCCCAAGUCCCUGUUCUCUGAUCCUUUUUUUUCCUGGGUUGAAGAACUAAGAAGUUAUAGAAGCUUUCACUGAGGGACCAACAUGGAUCUCAUGCCACGCCAUAUUUUGUGAUGAAAAAAGGCUGUAUAGGAAACAAGAAUCAAGGGAGUACACAAAACCAAACUGAUAAUAAAGAUCUUUUGGAAUAAAAAAGAUUAUUACAUACCAUGCACACAGCCAGUUUCAUUCUCCAAUUAUAUUUUAGAGUUGAUAGAAGUGGUUUGUUAGUUUUUGAAUCUUGGUGUCUGGAAAUACUCUAGCCAUUCUACAUGUCUUGGUACGGGAUUGAAUCUCAGUUAUUUCAGACAGAAGAAAGCAUCCCCCCCCCCAAAUAGUAAAGAGAGAUUCUGCCUCUCUAGGGAAGGACUUUAUGGUAUUCCCUACAUUGUCCAUUAUCAGCACUGAAUUUACUUGUGGGCUUGACACAGAUCUGCACAUCCUUCUGGAAGUAAAUAGUUUGAUAAUAGAAACUGAAGUCAUUUCUCUCUGGUGGACAUGCAAAUCUAUGAGCCUUUCCUUGUCCAACACAAAAACUGAGUCAGUGUCUAAACUGAGCAGGGAGUGGAGCAGAGAAGGUAAGGAAUCAUUUCCAUGUGUCACACAGCUGGGGAAUUACACUGGACAAAUUCUAACACAAAGAAGGCUAAUGCUGGUGGUAGAACACGAAUAGUACCCCCCACUGCCACCGCCACCCCCCCCCCAAAAAAAAAAACCAUCAAUGGAUCCAGGGCUUGCUUCAGAAGGGAACAGGUCGAAAGGUGAUUGUCUUUACCUCUUGAGUAUGAUUUCUUUCUAUCAGAAGCUGUCUUAGGGGAGAAAAGCCAUCAUGAUCACUUAAAGAAUCAGUGAGGAGUUGAUAGAGCAUGACUGAGCAAAACACAUUUACAUGUUUAUUGAGCUUCUCUGGAAAGUACCAAGGCCCUUUUGAGGAGUCAGGAUUUUUCAUGAGAGUUGUUAAAAAUAAAAAUAAAAAAGCAGGUAGCCUGAGUUAACAUAUAAACUGUAACCGCAGUAUAUAACGAGUGACCUUAUAAAACAGUGUGCCUCCAAACUCUGGCCAGAGAAUCAGAGGUAACAUAACACCAUUUUAAUCAUUCCCUCAACUUUUCUUCUUCCCUCCCACUUUCACUCCCUCCUCUCUUCCCUCCUUCCUUUUUCCUCUUCUCUCCCUCCAUUCCCUUCUCUCGCCUUUCCUUCUUUUUCCUUCCUUCCUUCCUUCCUUCCUUCCUUCCUUCCUUCCUUCCUUCCUUCCUUCCUUCCUUCCUUCCUUCCUUCCUUCCUUCCUUCCUUCCUUCCUUCCUUCCUUCCUUCCUUCCUUCCUUCCUUCCUUCCUUCCUUCCUUCCUUCCCUUUCUUCCACCAUUCCUUUUUUCCAUUUUUUCUCCCUACCCCAUCUCUAUCUCUUUGUGUGUGUGUGUGUGUGUGUGUGUGUGUGUGUGUGUAUAUGUAUAUAUACACACAUAUAUAAAUAUGAUUUCACAUUUCUUAAACUGACAUGUAUACCUUUCAUUGGCUGAGUAUGGCUUACAGAUAUCUAGUGUACAUUGUAAAUAUGAAAUUUUAUAGGCCCCCUUUCACAUUUAAGGACAGAAAGGCCAAAGAUAGGAAGUAGUGACAUGCAAGAAGGUGAUAUAGAUAUCUUGUUGACUUGCCUUUUUUUUUCUCUUUAAAAUGGUACAUUAAUGAUACUAAGCUUGCAUUUUCCAUUCAGGCUUCAAUAUUUUGAGGGUCCAAAAUUAGCCAUUCUUUCACAGGGGUUUUGGAGUUGUGCCCCAAAGAGGAUGAAUCUCAUUCCCUACAGGGUAUAUGCCCAGGUGUCAGUCUGUCAGCUAGCAUUUAUUAAAUGUCAAUUACAUGCCUAGGACCGUGUUAAGGGCUCGGGGCAUGGGUGAGAUGCUUCCUUCAGGCAUAAUGCUAUGACAUGUGACAGCUGAAAACAAGCCUCUGCUGCCCACUCCCCACUUUACAUGGCUCUCCAAGGAGCAGGGCAAGUUGGGCAAUAGGUUAACUUGUGAAUGAGAAAGCUCUGACAUGGAUGCAGACUUAUGAAGUAUUCUGGUGAUAUAUGUUUACUAUUUUAACCCUUUUAAAAACCAGACCCAGUGUUCCAAUGUCAGCAUGAUGUUUUGUGGUGUGUGUUGUGCUUUUGUGUUUUUGUAAAAAGCUUUGACUGGGCUGGACCCAGUUCCUGCGUAGAGGGAAUGCUUUUACUAUGUUAGGACUUUCAUUAGCGGGUAGUGCAUUCCCAACUUCUCCCUACAAAAAUCUUCAAAUUCCAACAAUGACAACAAAACUGUACCUGUUAUUUUGUGUUAACAUAUACUGAUUCAUACUAAUAAAUAUUUUAAGUAUUACCAAA